UGAACUCCUUAGCUGACAAUGGGUAUCAGUUGCACGACAGCUGUGGUACUGGUGUUAGUAUAAUGGAUGUCACGCUUCUUGCUUAGCGAGUACCACUUCCUGAUUCGGCUCACACACAGGCUCAAACCCAGGAUUUCUUGUUUUCUAGCACAUGUGACCGCCCUCCCGAAGCGUCUUACCAGUCACGCCACACAAAAAGCUAGCUAUAUGGUGGCACAAAGUGGGGAGACUUCCGGGUGAAGUUUUACAUAUCCCCCAUGUGCUACAUUAGAAGCUGUCUUGAGACAGCAACCAUGGACACCCUCAUCUCAGUAGCUCUUUGUGUGUGCAGUUGCAUCAUAACCUUCUAGAUAAUUUCCAUGUAAACCUUCUGAAGACACAGCCAAAGAAAACACCAAAUAUUUCAAAAAUCUUUUAGCACUUUGUCAUUGUCACUCCUCAGUUCUCUAGUUCCAUUCACAUUAAUGAAAGAUUUCCAUGGAAGUUGGCAUCACUCGACACUGCAGCCAUGGGAUAGUGAACCAAUCAAAGUGGAUUGAAGAGUAGCCUUUUCCCCGUAACCCAAUCAGCAUUGUGUAUGCAUGAGCCACUCCCACACCCUGCCCUUACAUGGCACGGAGGACUGGCCAAGGUCUACAGAUGGAUGUAAAGGCUGCUAGUUCAGAGACAACAGGGCCACAAUACUAAGACCACUACAACUAUUACCACAACUACCAAGAGCACUACUACAGAACCAGGAGGGGAACAGCUUCCGACUUGUCUCAGGACAACAGUGAAGUCGUAUGUGUAGCAGCAGCUAUGGAGACAGGAGACAGUGGUCAUAAUCCGACAAGGCAUGGAGAAAGUCUCCUCCUUCGCCGCCACCAUCAACCCACUCUUCGACAUAGUCACUGCAGUGGUGAAGGUGACAAAGGACCUGGUCGCCAAAUACCUCACCCAAGACCUGGACACCCAACAAUUGGGCCACAUCCACGCCAAGCUGGAAAGCAUCUUCAAGACAAACCAGCAGAUUCUGAAGCAGAUUCACCUGAAUGAGGUCAAUGAGAAGUACAGCAAGUAUGAGGAGUAUAUGAAGCACCAGUACACCGCUCUCAACACCAUGGUGAAACAGUUCAAUAACGACCCCGAGGGAAGAGAGCGCUACAUGAAAGAUUUCCAGGAAGUCUAUGAGAGAGACAAGGAUACCCUUGCUCUAGACACAUACUACAGCAGUGUCAUAAAAGAGAAUACAACUUUUGAACAAAGGGGUUUGCUGGAGGUGUACCUAGAGCACUACAAGCAAAACCGAGAUGUCUUUCGCAUGGGCCUGAUGACACUAAUGGCAUAUACGGUGGUCACAGAGGAUGAUGAGGUUGAAGUCAGAGAGAAAUGGGCCCCCAGGGUGAAGAAGAUUCAGGCCAAGAUGGAUGAGGCGCUUGGCCUGUGUGAGGGGAACUGAUCCUCAUCUCCCAGGGUCGGGUGGGCAUAUGAGGGCUUUAAAGGGAUACUUUGGGAUUUUGGCAAUGAGGCCCUUUAACUACUUCACCAGUGUCAGAUGAACUCAUGGGUACCAUUUUUAUGUCUGUGUCCAGUAUGAAGGAAGUUAGAGGUAGUUUUGUGAGUUACUGCUAACUAGCAUUAGCGCAAUGACUGGAAGUCUAUGGGUAUCUGCGAGUCAUCUAACUCUGGGGAAAGUAGAUAAAGGGCCUCAUUGGCAAAAUCCAGAAGUAUCCCUGUAAGCUGUUAAAAGCUGUUUGGAGACUCAUCCUCUUCCCUCAAUUUAAAAAGAAAAGUAAUUUCCUUUUGGGUGGUGGGCGAUAUUCUUUGUCAAUGAAUGGAAUGAAUUAAAUCUAGAUUGUAUAAUAUUUUGCUAUGAUCAGUGUUGCACUUCAGCCCUCAUGUUUUCAAUUUACCACUGCCGACUCUGUCGUUUAUUUUCAGAAAUGAGUCUGAAUGCAUACUUUAUGGUAACCUUGUAUAUCAUUGUUUUUUCUUCCUUCGAUUAAGUGUACUUUUGCUUCUUGACUUUUUCUAAAUAAAUGCUUUUUUGCACUUGUGAUUCAUUUUUAUGCUCUUACAUGGAGUUAUGUAAAUGACACCAAUGGUGAUAAAAUGUAGUCCACUUUAUUAGGUU